UGACGUGUUGUUAGCAAAUGGGAGCAGAAGGGCCGAUCCUUCGCCUGAAGAGGUCAUUUUGACUACAGGGCUGAUCCUUCGCCUGGAGAGGUCAUUCUGAUUACAGUUGCCACUUCUUGCCAAAAACUUCAGGGUUUAUAGACUCGAUCACUGCGACUACAUUUAUAAACAUUAUUCUGUUUGCUUCAAUCGAGACACGGAUCCCGAUGUUCAAUCAGCAUUCAGGAAUACUUCCACAUCUAACAUUGAAAGGAGAUACUUUGUGAACGGUUUGAUAUUUCGGUCUGAUCUGACUAGCGAAGCAUGGUUGAUAACACCAGUUUAGCAACUAAAUCUGCUUUGCAAGCAGCGUUCUCCUCGGCCUGCAACCUCCCCCUGCUCGUCUCCUCUGCCUCGACACACAGCCACUUACCCGGUUCACACUCACAGUCCCACCAGCCCAACGGCGGAGGCAUGAAGCUAGAGGCGGUCAUGGAAAACCUCCAAAGACAGCAGGCUGCCCGCCUGGCGCUACAAGAGAAGCUCCGUCAGGCCGAGAAAGAGAAAGACCUCCGCUCCAUGGUCGAGUCCCAGAUCCACCAACAAGCCCUGGCCUUCCGCCACUACCAGGCAGCGGUCCGGGGCGCUUUCGCUGCGGGAAUAGCGAACUCUUCUCUCGGGUUGGCGAGCUCCGCUGAACGGGAACUGGCUCUCCCUCACAGUCUUGACGCUCACAGGCACACGGCCAAAGCCGACUACUCCGAUAUGGACGAUGAUCCAGAGGGCAUGGACCGAGGUAUGGAUGAUUACGACCGGGAUCUGGAUGGAGAUGACAUGGACAACGAGGGAAUUGUGGACGAUGAGGAAGACAUGGAGGGGUCUCUAAGCCACUACCAGCCCCGCCACCCCAUGCACCCCGGGGCGGGAGACUCGCCAAAAGACACCCUUGUACAUCUCAUGUCCAGAAGCCCUCCGUCUUUCGCUGCGCCCCGGCAGUCAGAGACCCCGGGCGGGAAGGCACCACAGUCUCAGCAACACGAAUGGACUUACGACGAGCAAUUCAAACAGUUGUACGAGUUGGAUGAGGAUGUCAAGAGGAAAGACUUUCUCGAUGACCUCUUCAGUUUUAUGCAGAAGAGAGACAGGAGAUCAGAAUAUGAUGACUCAACAGACAGGAGAUCAGAAUAUGAUGACUCAACAGACAGGAGAUCAGACUAUGAUGACUCAACAGACAGGAGAUCAGACUAUGAUGACUCAACAGACAGGAGAUCAGAAUAUGAUGACUCAACAGACAGGAGAUCAGAAUAUGAUGACUCAACAGACAGGAGAUCAGAAUAUGAUGACUCAACAGACAGGAGAUCAGAAUAUGAUGACUCAACAGACAGGAGAUCAGAAUAUGAUGACUCAACAGACAGGAGAUCAGAAUAUGAUGACUCAACAGACAGGAGAUCAGACUAUGAUGACUCAACAGACAGGAGAUCAGAAUAUGAUGACUCAACAGACAGGAGAUCAGAAUAUGAUGACUCAACAGACAGGAGAUCAGAAUAUGAUGACUCAACAGACAGGAGAUCAGAAUAUGAUGACUCAACAGACAGGAGAUCAGAAUAUGAUGACUCAACAGACAGGAGAUCAGAAUAUGAUGACUCAACAGACAGGAGAUCAGAAUAUGAUGACUCAACAGACAGGAGAUCAGAAUAUGAUGACUCAACAGACAGGGAAGAGAUCAGAAUAUGA